ACGCCUCGGCAUUACGUGGUCCGUGACUAUCCGGAAGUCGGGGUGAGGUCUGCUCAAGAGCAGUACAGCUAUGCCUACACCAACACCAGCUCGUCGUCUUCCUCCUCCUCCACGGAUCCGUACAGUCGCCGCCCGCACAAGUCUAGCUACAGCGAGGAGAGCGUGUACAAGAGGGAGAGCGGCCCCUACGGAUCCUACUCGACUGAGAGAUCGACCAGGACAUCGAGUGGCGGCGCUCCUGGAAGCUAUCAUUCCUCCUACGAGUCCCACACUUCCGGUCGUUUGCCAGGUGGCACCACUUACCGCCAUUUCUCCUACCGUGUCUAAAUUCCCCACCGUCUCGAUCGAGCAGAGUCCAUCUUCUGGAAACACCCAUUCUUCCUGUUUCUCUCUCGCUCGAUCGACCAGCUUUUUUUUCUUCUUUUUUUUUUUUUUUGUUCUUUGCCCCUGUAUCUUUUCCAUAAUGGAUAUAUAACCGUCGUGCGUUUCUCCAAGACGAACCAGUGAUUCCCAACCUUUGAGUCGUGAC